UUUUUGGCACAAUACUACGGCCGUAGCCUAUUGCAAAUUAUUUUAAAUUGGAAUUGGGAUUUAAAAAAACACCAAAAAAAAACACACAUAUACACACACAUUCCCAAUGAAUGGGACGUUAAAUUGUUUUGUUCAGGUAGUCUAUCACCUCGAUCCAUUUCUCCACCCAUUUUAUGCGUUCCUAGUGAUGUAGAAACAACAACGGCUGUAGCUUGCAAUCCUGCCUCUUGACUUGUAGUCGCCAGAAACGGUGUGUCGGGAUCUACAGGAGACUGCUCCGGAGGAGGAGGCUGACUUCGCGAAUAAUCCUUUCUCCUGAACGUAAACGUAUAAACGUCUAUUAUAUGUCGAAAUGCAAACGAGAGCCUUCUGUCACCGCGUUUGUUUCCGGAGCUGACUGCCAGUCGCCGUUUCGCUGCUAGCUACUCAGCAACCGCGGCGGCUUUCCAGCGUAGCACACUAUGGCUAAGCAGUACGAUGUUCUGUUCAGACUGCUGCUGCUUGGAGAUUCCGGGGUUGGGAAAACCUGUUUGUUGUGCAGGUUCACUGACAAUGAAUUUCAUUCUUCUCACAUUUCAACAAUCGGUGUCGAUUUCAAAAUGAAGACCUUAGAAAUAGAUGGAAUCAAAGUACGGAUACAGAUAUGGGAUACAGCAGGCCAGGAGCGAUACCAGACCAUCACCAAGCAGUACUACAGACGUGCACAAGGGAUCUUCCUGGUGUAUGACAUCACCAGCGAGCGAUCCUUUCAGCACAUAAUGAAGUGGGCCAGCGAUGUGGAUGAGUACGCUCCAGACAAGGUACAAAAGAUCCUCAUCGGGAACAAGUCUGACGAGGAGCAGAAGAGGCAGGUGCCCAAGAUGCACGGUGAUAAGCUUGCAAAAACCUAUGGAAUGGACUUCUUUGAGACAAGUGCCUGUACAAAUUACAACAUAAAAGAGUCAUUCACCCGUUUGACAGAGCUGGUCUUGCAGGCCAACAGGAAGGAGCUGGACGGUCUACGGGUGUCCAUCGACGAGGAUUUGGGUAUCGCCAACCUGGAAGAAGAGGAGGACCAGUGCGACAGUGCAGCAAACGCCCAGAAGGCCUGCUGGUGUUAAAGGGGAAGCACGCUUACAGACCCUCAAGCGUUCCAGCAAACGUGAUGCCUUCACAAAGCUGAGACAAGAUGAAAAGAUUCAAAUGAUGGAAUUGAAAUGUUUCAAAGGUGCUGUGUUACCCGGGUAUUUCUCCUGUCGCAGGGUUCUCGGUUCAUAUCUUUAUUUAGUUUGGUAUUCUUUUCUUUAUUUUAAAAACAGCUGAAAUAUAUCAUUAUCAUAAGCACAUUUUCUGUUCUUGGCUUCCACCAAAAUACCGAACCCCAUCUUAUGCUGUAAAUCAGAUUUUUUCAAUUUGUUUCAGAUUGUGCCACAAGAGGGCAGCAGUCUCUUAAUGGCGGUUUUAUAUAUUGAUUGUGAUUCGCUUCUUCCUCUGGGUAAAUUCAGAUCAUCAGCAUCAAUUCAGGAUAGUCCAGCUCACUCCACAUGUUUUCCUUGACCAUUUAAUAUCAACAUGUGAUACUCCGACAAGGUCAGUUUCCUCAGCACAGGAGUUGAGAGGUGGCAUUAUACAGCAUAAAGGGAGAUACUGUGGAAUUUAUCAUGCUUUUCCACCGUUUCCGUGUAUUUGCGUUAGUCUUUUUACUGAAUCCUUUUACUGGUAAGCUCUUGGUUGCCUUUCAAUUCAGUUUCUGUCUGGAUAUCUCCCCAGAUAAAUCGCCGAAAUGAAUGAUAUAGAGCGCUGCUCAACUAUACAUCCCGUGGGCCGCAUUGUGUGCAGGUAUUUGCUCCUACCGUAAGCUACACCACCUGAUGUCACUCAUCAUUUUACCUGCUUGGUUCAGAUAAAGCUUUCUGGUGAAAUCAGGUGGUGUAGUGCAUGGUUUAUGCGAAUGCCUGUAGACAUUGCAGCCCGCAGGAUGUGGAGUUGAGUAGCGAUGAUGUAGAGGUUCCCCUCUUUGCCUCUUAUGCCUGAGAAUUACCCCAUUUAAUAUCAGUGGUGGUUAUUUAAAACAUUGUAAGGGGAGUACGGCACAUGGAUAUAAGUAUAUAUAAAUAUAUAUAAAUAUAAAAGUGUAAUUAAUAUUGAUAUAUUAGUCAUUACAUUGUAAUGCAAAGUAUUCACGAGAAAAGGGUCCAUGAUUUCCUGUGUUUAAAAGCUGAAAGUAUUUAUUUUUCAAGCAUUUGUGAGUGUCAACUUUUAAUGGAUUUAAUGGGACUGCAGGAAUGUGUUUAACUAUUAUCGAGCCCUCGUGUGCUUUACCGGUAGGGCCGGAGUGCAGGUGAAUCUUUUAUCGAAGGUGCACUCACUCACGUAAGAGGAAACGGCAGAGUAGACAGACCGAGUAUGAAUUAUUGAGAGGACGAAAAGAUUGCUCCUUUGUCUGAAGACAUCACAGAACCAUUCCUCACAGUUACUCAGCAGGUAUUUGAGCGUAAUUCGUUAACCCUAUACUCGGACUGCAAAAACGUACUGCCUGUGUUGAAUAUAUCUAUGUUGUAGCACGAAUUACUUGGGGCAUAUCGAUCAAAUUUGAUGACUGCAGAGCUGUGGAACUUGUAUGUGUUUAUUGUAAUUGAUUGUGUUUAUUCCAUUCAUAGAGUCUCCAGUGAUGCUUGUGGUCUCUUGAUGAAUUGGGAUAGUUGCAAAUAUCCUGCAUUCUCAAAUUAAAUUUCUGGCUAUUAUAUCAGGUUUUUAGUCACUGCACAUGGCUAAUGCCAGUGCCUUUGACCUUCGAAGACCUUUGAGUUUAAGAAAUGUAUUUAUACUGGUUAUGUACAUGCGAGUUGCUCACAUUUCAUAUGACUGUGAUAUCUACAAAGGAAGGGAAAUUACAUAUGUAAUUCCCCACUGUUCUCACCAACUUUAUUUCAAGGUGACCGAAGCUAGUAAAAAGAAAGAUCAUGUGUGCAAGGUAAAAUAAAAUUUGUGGUCAGCAACUCCUGUCAAUACAAUACAAUUUCAGAAUUUCAAAGUGAUUAUUCUGCCAGCUUACAUAAUAGCAGUGCUCAAAUGAAUUGGUGUUUUUUGUGGUGGUUUUUGAAGGUAUUUUCCAUAAAUAUCGAGUCCCCUUUUAACCUUGGGUAACUUUAAAUUAUCCAUUGUUUAUACAUGUGUUAUUGCACUUAUUAGGAAAUGAAAUAAUUUUCUGCCCUUGAAGAAAAAAUAUGUGCAUUGAAUUUACCCCAGGACUAUAAACCCCACUCUGAGUUAACAGUACGUUGCAUCUGCACAAUACGAUUACACUGUAGAAACAAAAUGCAUCUCUUUCUUGUUUCUGCUGUCUGAUUUCUUUGGAGGAAAAAAAAAAGUUUUGGAGCACUACUUGAAUUUUAUCAUGGUCUUGGUGGAAAUAUUUAAUGUGUUUCAGGAUUGAGGUUCUUUUGAAAGAAUAAGAAUAUGACAUUGGUUUUGAAAAAUAAAUGGUAGUGAGAUACA